AUGUCGACCGUCACGACCCCUCAAGCACCGCUAAUCGCAUGCUCCGAAUUCUACCUCUCCAACAUCCCGCAGCUCUCCAUUGCGCCCAGCUCCCCAUCCCUCAACAUGAUCGCCCCCCACACAGUCACCAAGCUCAAGAACACGGGACCCGCGCGCCUCCGCGAUAUGCGCGCCGCGGGCAUCUCGAUGCAAGUCAUCUCGCACGUGCCGAUCCUCGCGAACCCGGCGACGUGCUCGAAGCUCAACGACGCCCUCCACACGGCGGUGUGUACGGCGCCGGACCGGUUCGCGGCGCUGGCGCUACUGUCGGCGGACGAUCCGCGGGAGGCGGCGAGAGAGCUGCAGCGGUGCGUGACGCGGUUUCGGUUUGUGGGCGCGGUGUUGGGGUUGUCGAGGGGGAUCGAUGGAGUUGUGUUUGAGGAGUUGUGGGCGCAGGCCGAGCGAUAUGGGGUGCCUAUUGUGUUGAGAGAGGUCUGGCCUACCAAGGAACAGGCGCAACAAUACCGCACCGAGUCGCUGGCGGCUGCGCUCCAGGGCCCCAUCUUGACGCAUCUUCAUGCUGCGCAUAGCUCGUCGCCGCUCCCGGUUGUCCAUUUGUACGCCACGGGUGUGUUCGAUAGACACCCCAACUUGCGAUUCGUUCUGUCCCGUACGGGAAUCACAAUGUGUUCGCUUCUCCCACGCAUCCAAGCGCUCUUCACCUCAUUCAAGGAUGUCCAGAGUCUGGCUCACGUCUUCAAACCGAACCGCAGCUUCAUAGAUGUUUGGCGGCACAACUUCUACAUUGUGGCCGAGGAUGCUAUGGACAAUAUCAGCAUGAAGGCUUUGCUGACGCAUAUGCCUGUUGAUCGGGUGUUGUAUGGGACUGGGUAUCCGUUUGAGGACAAGGGUAGAGCAGUCAUGUCAGAAAUGAAAGACAGUGGCGUACUGGACCAGGAGGAGUGGGAGAAGGUAGCUUGGGGGAAUGCGGAGCGGUUGUUUGGAUUGAGAGGGGCCCGCGGAGGAGACAAGAGGGGUGGGAGUAGGUCGUCGUAUUGA